CAGCAAGAUGAAGAUUCCUCCAUUUCAAGGCAAAAAUGAUCCAGAUGUGUACUUGGAGUGGGAAAAGAAGGUGGAAUUGGUGUUUGAUUGCCAUAACUACUCUAAGGAGAAAAAGGUGAAACUAGCAGCGGUGGAAUUUAUUGAUUAUGCUGUGGCUGUGAUGAGAAAACGGUUUGUUCCUAGUCACUACUACUGCGAUCUCUAUCAACGAUUACAGGGCCUUACUCAAAGGUCCAGAAGCGUUGAGGAUUAUCACAAGGAGAUGGAAAUCACAAUGCAUUAUGUGGAAUUGGAAGAUAUGGUGCAUAUGGUGGUGAAAGUAGAACGGCAACUCAAGCGUAAAGGAGCCACUAGCAGAACUGGGCAAAAUUCAGGUUCCUCAUCUUCUUGGAAACUGAAUUGGAGCAGAAAGGAAGAAAAUUCUGUUUUUAAGCCUAAAACUGCAGCAUCUAAGUCAAAAGAAGUUGGCAGCAAUGAGAAGAGUAAAACAGAUAAUAUGCAAGGCAAAAACCGAGACAUCAAGUGUUUUCGAUGCUCGGGAAGAGGGCAUAUUGCAUCGCAAUGCCCUAAUAAGCACACGAUGAUCUUGAAAGAGGAUGGAGAAAUUGAAACAGAGGGUGAAUCUGAUGAUGACUUUAUGCCACCAUUGGAAGAUGCUGAUGAUGGCAUGGAAUAUGUUGUUGAUGGAGAACUGCUUGUCACCAGGCAUACUUUGAAUGUGCAAGCCAAAGAAGAUGAUGAAGUACAAUGCGACAACAUAUUUCACACGAUGUGCCAUAUCAAAAAUAAGGUAUGUAGUGUGAUUAUUGAUGGUGGCAGUUGUACUAAUGUAGCUAGCACUGUUUUGGUUGAAAAACUUAAUUUACCUAUGAUGAAGCAUCCAAGGCCAUAUAAGCUGCAAUGGUUAAAUGAUUGUGGAGAAAUCAAGGUAAAUAAGCAAGUUCUGGUUUCAUUCUCUAUCGAACGAUAUAAGGAUGAGGUACUGUGCGACGUGGUUCCCAUGCAUGCUGGACAUUUACUUUUGGGGAGACCAUGGCAAUAUGAUAGGAGAGUAACACAUGAUGGCUUCAAAAAUCGCUAUUCAUUCAUCAUGGAAGGGAAAACAAUUACUCUUACACCAUUGAGUCCAAGGUAGGUUUAUGAGGAUCAAUUGAGAGUAAAAAAAGAGAGUGAGCUGAGAAAUGAGAGUGAGCUUGAAGGUAUGAAAAACAAAGGCGAAACAAUAGAA